UGGGAUAUGUGGCUAGACAGUCAAAGAGCAAGUGCUCUGGGGCUGGAGUUACGCUUUCAACUUCAAGCAUAUAGAUACCCUCAUUUGUGGGUUUCUUUGGCUUGACAUGGAAGAUUUAUUACAAAACAAGAGAUAAUGUUUAAAAUGUUUCCAGUUUGAACUACGUAAUAGGAACAUGGUUAUUAAAAGAAAAGAUUUCCAGAAGGCAGCAGCUUUUAUAAAUGAAUUUCUUCUUAAGCUUGGUGAAGGUGUGGAGUGUGCAGAGUUAAGGGAUUCCCUCAACUUGACCUUGCUGUAUAUGCAGAGGUAUUAUCGAACAUUAAGGUUGCGAUCUCAGUCAAGAGAAAGGACAGAUAAUCAAAAUGAACAAAAUCUGGGGAUGUCCAUGCGGGGACUGAGCCCUAUGACUCCAUUCAGAGAUGUCCCCGACAAAUUUCACUGGCGCUGGAUAAAUAUCGACAGUCCUAAAGUAUCAGGGAGUUUACCGCUGGAGGGAGAUCUGGUUACUCUUCCUUUGGUUAUUCAGGCAGCGAAGCAGGGAGACAUCGAGUUAAUUGAACAGCUAUUGGAAAAGGACAAACGCUGUAUUGACCAGACAGACAGUCAUGGGCGAACAUGUGUAAUGUAUGCUGUCCACUUUAAGCAAAAUGAGGCCUUGAAGAUAUUGCUAGACAAUGGUGCUGAUGUCAAUGCUGUGGCAUAUGAUGGCUCCACUGCUGUCCACAGAGCAUGUUGUGAUGGUCACCAUGAGGCCCUGAGAAUACUUAUUGACCACCAGGCUGACCUGACCACAGGGGACUGUAUGGGAAGGGCACCUGUACAUUGGGCUGUCUCUGUACCUGAACAGGACUGUUUAAAGUUGCUGCUGGAACAUGAAGUAUCAAUCAAUGUGAGGGACAAAGACGGCAUGACCCCCAGUAUGUGGACAUGUAGGAUGGACCACAUCCAGCACUUUGAGCUGCUGACUUCAGUGGAUGACCAGUGGUCAAGUGGUGAUGGUCUGGAGAGAGAUAACCAUGGCAAAACAUGGAUGCAUUGGUCAGUGAGGAAAACUGAACCUCUGGAGUGUCUACAGACAUUUUUGACUCAAGAAAGUGCAGCUAUAAAGGACGAUGAAGGAAAAACUGUGAUGUUAACUGCAGCAGAGCAGGGCUCUGUGGUAGCCAUGAAGACUGUCCUGGAGAUUGGUGGGGAAGAUGUGAUUUAUGAUGAGGAUAACCAGGGCAGAACCAGCCUCCACCUCGCCACCAUAGGGGGACACGGGGAGUGCAUUAACUUUCUACUGGAACAUGGAGUUGAUCUGUCGAAGUGUGACAAGAGCAAUGCAACAGCCAUGGACUACGCCAAGGCCCGUCACCUGAACUACAGCAUGAUGAUAUUGUCUGCAUACCAGAGACAGAGAGACAAACAGAACAGGAAAAUUCAAGGCAAUAGCUCACCUGAGCAUGAUCAAAGUGACGAAGAAAACAAAGACAAUAACUUGACAAAUAAGCACCAGGUGGCUCCUCCCCACCCUCCCAGCCACCCUAAAAGUGGAACCACACCAAAACAGCAAAACGUGAAGCAGCAGCACUGGGGUCACAUGGUGGCUCCAGAGGAGCAGGACUCUGGUCACAGCACACAGGGGGAGACAGAGAAGCCUAAUACUAGUGACAAAGAAAUUACUCAGGACAAUGGUGUUGGGGAGACCUCUACAGGUCAGAUGAUGAGAAUGGAGAGCGUGGAGUCCACGGAAGAUGAGAACAAUAAUGAAGGCAAACAGCAGCCUGGCCAGGAGCAAGCACCAGAUGAUGAGGAGGACCAUUCUGUCAGUAUAGGUGGGAUGGAUGUGUCAGACUGUGAAGGGGAGGAAGAACAGAGGGAGAGGCCAACUACACCACACCCACAGAAGAGACACCUGCCAUCCCCACCCACAGCACCACCAAGACACCAUAUACCUACACCAAUGGGAUCCGCUCUGUCUCCAGUACCAGUGCCUCCAGUACCAACCCAGGCAGUGGGCCAGAUCUCACACCCACCACCACUGAAAGACGUCCGGGCAGGAAACCAGAAUAACUUACAAGGCCCAGCUGUUCCUGAACCCAGAAAGAUGCCAGUGCCACCCCCACAGUUGAUGCCCCUGGGAACCCCCAUGAGCCAGGAGGACCCAAACAAAGGGAAUAAGAAAACAAAAAAGAAGAAGAAAGGGAAAGAUAUGAAGGGGGAACAAGGUGGUGCAGAAUUGGCCCCUGUCCGGGGAUACACAGCCCCUAUUCAGGCCCCUUUGCCACAACAUCAUCCAGUUUCCCCAGCUGGAGGCCUACAGCCUCCCAAGGGAGGCCCAGGGGUGCACAUGCAGAAAAAUGGACCACCCCAAGACCAAAGGAUGUCUCCAGAGGGUCAGUGGUUUGAUGACCAGCAGCAGCCUCCACCCCGCCCAGGUGCUCCUCUGCCUCCUCACUCUCCUCUCCCAGCCCCACCCCACGGGCGGCCUGCAGGUGCCCCUCUCCCCCCUCCAGCCAGGAAUGGUGGCGGCCAGCAGCCUCUUCACACAGUACACCAAGGACCCAGGCUCCAGAGAAUGGAGAGUGAGGAGAAUUUGUCUGCACUAGACCUGGAUGACAGUGAGAGCAGUGGCCAACAGCUGGCUAUGUAUGAACAAGGUGUUCCCGUGGUACCAAAUGGGCCAAACUCAAGGUACCCCCCACCUAACUAUCAUGGUCCACUGGCUAGAGACCAGGGCAGACAUCUCAUGGGACAGAGACAGACCAUGGAGGUUGUUAAGAUGCAUCCACAGGGUAUGCCACGUUCAGCUCCUCCUGGCAUGCGUGGAGGUCAUCAUGGCCCAGGUCAAGGUCACAAUGGGCCAGGUCAAGGUUAUCAUCAGGGUCAAUAUGGUCAUCCAAAUCAACAUUCAGGGCCACCAUACCCACUGGCGCCUCCUGUUGGAGGUCAGAGGCAGCAGGGUUAUGGGCGAGGCAUGCCCCCACCACCCAUACAUCCUCCACAUCCCCCCAUGAUGGGGAACAGACACUAGGGACCGCUGGGGGUUAGCCCUGCAUAGCAAACUGAGAAAAGUGGGUACUUCCUCUUCAAGUUAUACAAACCAUGGGAAAAGAUGUAAAAUGGCUGGGAAGAUGGGAUGGUUGCUAUAUAUACUCUGUACAUAGAAAUUGACAAGUUAAGACUAGUCUUACUGUAUUUUACAGAAUAUGAAGAUGAUGCCCUUUCUGUGUGUGUUUGUGCAUUUUAUAUAUAUACAUAUGUAUAUGUAUGUGUGUGUUUACAUAUUUAAAGUCCCAUAGUUCCUUUGUGUUUAGACUGUCAUUUCUAAAACCCCACUGAGCAGGUGUUCCCUGUUGUUUCAAAAACAAACCCCUUGUUUUAUUGAUCACAAUCAUUAUGGCUUUCAGUCAGCUGUUUCAGUGUAUUUCAUACAGUGAAAAGCUAUCUAGCAAGCAUCUGUUCAUUUGUUACUAGUUAUUUUACAAAGUGCUGUAUUUAGCAAACAUCCCAAGUUGACACUGUUUCCAUGAAAUUACAAGACAGAAUGUUGACAAAUAUUCUUAAACCCUCAAGCAUUAUCUGAUAUUGAUUGAAAGCAUAUAGUUGGUUAUACAGUGUACUAUGAUAUUGUCACUCUCUACGUACUAAUGGAUUAAUAUUUUCCCUUCUAUUUUGGGUUCACAAGGUUUGUACUUACCUUAAUUGUUCAUCAAGGUAAAAGAGUUUAAUGGAUUUGGCCAGGGAAUAGAAAAUAAAAAGUAAAAAGUACACAGAACAUGGAGAAUUUUUUAUACUAAAUUAUGUUAUGGAACUGUAUCUUUCUUUUGAACACUAUAACAAGCAGAAGUGCUUUGUUUGGGAUUUGAAAAAAAAAUCAGUGCUCUGGUCCAUUACAUGCCCUAGUGGACAUAUAUAUACAAUCUAUAUAGGAAUUGUUUUCAUGGUACGGUAUUAUUAAUUUUAUCAGCUAUUUGGUGGUAGUCUUUCCUUAAAGUUUGUGUUUAGCAUUAUGAGCAUAGUCAUUUGUUUUGAUUAUAUACUAGUGUGAAUGGCAAUACUAACCGGCAUAGAUUUGUUUGCAAUAUAAUACUUAUGCUAUAAACUAGUCUAUACAGAUUUAACUGCUAUGAUAUACUGGUGCCUGAAGUAGAUAAAUAACCAGGGUUUCACUUUCAACAGAUUGUGAAAGUCAAGGAUGUAUGCUUGCUGAGCAAGUAAAAAAUAACCAGAAAAGUGUAACAUGAUAAUUAAUAUUUCAGCAUAUAUAAAUGUACAUUGUUUCAUGUAUUUUGUUGUGCAAAUUAUGUAGGAAGUGACUGGUGUACUUCUAUUUCAUGAAACUGUCUUGUAUAUAGAAAUUUUCCGUCCUUUGUGAACUGUUAAGACUGUGAUAUAUGAAUCAUAUACCUGUAAACAGAUACUGUUUGGUGAUGUGUAUGCUAUUUGCUAUACAUGGAAGGCAGAGUAGGCCUGGAAAAAGAUUUAGGUACAUUUGAUUGGAGUGGGUUACUGACAUUGAUGGUUUUGGCAUAGCAUAUCACGAUUGUUGAGGUACAAAUAAUCUAUCAGAGGCUGAAGUUACACCAGUGCAUCAUGAUUAAUAAUGCAAAAAUAAAUGUAUGUACCUUUUGAGUAAUGUCAGCCGUGGAAGUCAGAGAAUCUUAUUUAUGACCUCCUGAGGGCAGAACAAAUAUACUAUAGAAGUGUAUAUAUGGUGAAAGAAAAUGGAUACCUUUUGUUUGUUUAAAACUGUUAUAGUAACAAAUGUCAUGCAAUUUAAACAAGUUUCGUAACACUUCAUUUUACUGGCAAAAGUGUAGGUCGAUCAUUUGACUAUUUACUGUAUUUGUUUUUAUUUAUUUAUUUAUUUUAUUUAUUUAUUUUUUUUGUCUUUGGAUCUUGUUAGUACUCCGUCCGUUUCUUUAGUUUUUAUUUCUACACGUUUGUUAUACAAGGUGGCUUUUAGUUGAUAUUUAGAGGAGGCGCAUAAUACGUGUCGAUAUAUUUUUAUAGUACAAUAUUUUGUCAUAUGUGAACUUACCAGUUUAUAGAUUGUCCUCCGUUGGACUAUUGAGAGUCGCUGGAACACACAACCCUUAUGUUAAACGAAACACCUUUGAAAUAUUUUAUGACAAGAAGAAUUUUUUACAAUUAUUAUUGUUAACAUGAAUUUCAUAUUUGUUUCAUAUGACUUGCACUGAACCCAGGUGCCAUGUCUGUCGCUGAUCAGAUGUCUUAGUAAAUGUUCUCUUUCAUAUGGGGUACCAGAUCUCUUAAAAGGUAGAAUAAAAUUAAGGA